CCGCCGCUCCUUCCAUCCCUCCUUCCCUCCCAGGAAACGCUUGCCCGGAAUGCGCGUCCGGGGCCUCGCUGACUAAUUUGAAGGGUGGCUGGCCUGGGGAACAGCUGAUGAGGGCAAAUACAGAUUUCUAGACCCAACUGCGGCUUAUAUACAUAUAUAUAUAUAAAAUAUGCAUGAUUACAUGUAUCCGUAAAAGGAUAUUUAUGCUGACCUCACAAUGAGAAAUGAGACCAUUCCUGCUUGCAAAGGCAAGCGACAUUCCUGUGGUAGCUGUGACUUCUCAGUCAGACCUGGGCAGAGUGAGGAGGCUAAGCCUGACCCACCCGAAAGAAUAGACUGGCCCAGUGGUCCCUGGGCUCUGCACCAAGCUGCUCACUUGAAAGAAGACACCGUCCCCAGGCCCUGCCGUGGCUCCUGUAGCAGCCCGUUGGAUCCCCAGGAGGAAUGCUGUACAGAGAAAUCAGUGCUUGCCCAGCCAAAAUUUGUUUUUGAAAAGAAGGAUCGUCUUUUGAAGCGUCCUGCAGAAGACCUAGUUUGCAAAGCUGAAAAUGAUUUCAUUAGUUGUUCCAGAAAACGUGCAAGAUCAUCAUCUUUUACUUUCCAAAAGUCUGGCGCUCAGCCUAACAUUGAUACAGCUCUCACUCAGAAAAGAGGUAGAUCAUCUUCCUUUACCAUCCCUCCUACCUUCCCUCCUUCCCAGACAGUAAAGAAGAAUAACAUAUUCAUGACUGCAGCUCUUCUUCGAAGAAACCCUGACUUCAUAAAAAGUACAAAAGAAGGAUCCUUGUCACCAAGUCAAUUGCGGAAUGUCAUUAGACCUGCCAUUUUACAACCCCCACAAGCCAUGACCUGUCCUGAAAAUCCUGUAGUAUCUCUAGUGACUAAGAAAGAAGCAUGUGUUCAGCUGUUUGAAGACAGCUCUUAUUCCUCAGCUGAGAAUUCAGCAAGUUCCAAAAGAGCAGCGAGGUCAUUUACUACCAGAAAUCUUUCUAUCUCUCAAACAGCACAAAGUCAGUUGCUUGAAGAAAGAAGUGUAAAAACCAGCGGCAGUUCUGACUUUGUGUUUGGGGAGAACAUGGUUGAAAGAGUUUUGAGUCCUGGGAAGCACCCCAAGCUGUGUAAUGAAGCUGAUUUAUACAAAGGAGAAAUAACAUCCAUGUACAUAGGAUCUUCUUAUGUUAGUCCACAAACAAAAAGAGCUUUGUUAAGAAAUGCAACACUAAUUGAAUCGGCAGCUGCUUUUAUUUCCAAGCCAAUGGAGAAAAUCCUGUUAGAUAAAGUUGAAGUUAUAACUGGAGAAGAAGCAGAACACAAUGUAUUGCAGAUCAACUGCAAACUCUUCGUAUUUAAUAAGCUUUCUUUAACUUGGACUGAAAGAGGCAGGGGAUCCCUGAGGCUUAAUGACACUUCGAGCAGCAAACAUGGAAUGUUGCAGUCAAGGCUAAUUAUGCGAAAUCAAGGCAGCUUGAGACUGAUUCUCAACACCCGACUCUGGGAACAAAUGGUUAUAAAAAGAGCAAACAGAAAGAGCCUGUGCUUCACUGCAACAGACCAAAAGGACCACUCUGUUCAAGUGUUUCUAACUCAGGCAGGCUCAAAAGACACUGAAGACCUGUAUGCAGCAAUACAUCAUCGCCUUGUGGCAUUGAGAAGCUUUGCUGAGCAAGAGCCAGAUGCUAAUCAAGCAGAUGCAGAGUCAGAAAUAACUUUUCAGCCAUUAAAUUGUGAUAGUGAUGAUGAAGAUGAUGAAAAAAUAACUCCAGUGAGCAGCAGUGGAUCUGAUCAUUCCAGAUGGAACCGCAGGCAGCCCGUUGUCUGCUCAUGACAUCUCCCAGAGGUUACAACAGCUCAGCUGGGAACUCAUCUUCCCAUAAUGUCUAAGCUGACUCAUCAGCCCCUGGAGGGAGGAAAUCAGAUGUGUUCUACUUUAUGACUUUUAAGUAAGGAUUAAUUUUAGGCACAGCUUAAGUUAACAUACUAAGAAAGAACUUGAGAUGCACUAUUGGGGAUUAUAAACAGCCUGCUUUGCACUGGGAUGUGAAUGACUUCCAGUAGUCAAGAACGGUUAUAAAUACUUCUGAUUUUAGAAUUAAAUAUAUUUAGAUGCAUUAUUAGAGUAAGGAAUUUUAUAGGGAAUAAAUGUUUAUUCAUCAUAUUGAUGGAUAAUAUCAUAUAAGCAUGAACUAAUAAUAUAUGUGAACUGCUUGUUACUUUUCAUCUGCUAUUUAAAAGAUACAUUUGGAAAGCUUUAAAUUGGGCUUCACUGAAAACAUUUAUUUAAAAUUGUAUGGUAACAUUCAGUAUCCCAUUUGUAAGCACAUACAAGCAAAACUGGGAGUGGCAGUUUAGCAUGACCAAGGCCAGUCUUCAUAUAAGAGGUUUUUUUCAAUGUGUGUUUUGAAAAUAUCUGGAAUUGUAUAUUGGCUGUAGAAUUUUGUCUAAGGGCAAAAACCACGAUCUGCCUUUACAGCCAUAAGCACCAGAAGAAUUCACCAUGAAGAACUGCAAGCCAGUUCUAGGGGGCAUGUGAACUUUAAAAUGUAACAGUGUAUGUGCUUGCACUCAUGAACACCUUUCUAGUUGCACAAAACAAGCACUUGCAGUAUUAAAUGUGAAUUUGAUAUACACAAAUAAAUUCAUGCACAGUACAACUGAGUAUCUGCAAAAAAAAAUAAAUUCCCUUAAACGUAUAAGAUUAUAUGAGAUUACUUCUGCCUUAGCUGUAGCUAUCCCUAAACAUCAUCAUUCAUUGAUAUAGAUGAGUAUGUUACACAUCCUAAUGUGUGCAAUUAUCCCAACAGUGCUCAAUAUAUAGUUGCUCUGUAAAAGUGAUUCCACAAAUUACUGCCUUCUACCUAACCAUUUACAUGAGGAAUUAGAUAAAAACAGUUCCCCCUAAUGUCAUCUGUGAAUUAAGAUUUACAGGAUCAUUCAUAAGCCCGUGCACAGUAAGAGACAACACUUAUGGACUGUGUUUUCAUUCUGUUAAAAGGUAAAGAAAAUAUGUCUAUAAUGUCUCUGCUGCAGCUCCCUGAUGCCUUUUGUAUUGUCAUCUUCAGAGCUAAAACAAUGUUCUGAAGUAUCUCAAGUCCUUUUAAUUAAGGUAAUUGUAAGGAUUUCUACAUCUAAAAAGCUUCAUCACAUUUGAAGAGUUAAAUUACAAUUUAGUCUUCUCAUCUGAACAUAAUGAAUGCAUGAAGCUGGAACAAUACUAAUUUCUUCCUGAAUUCUCAGUGCCCUGUUAAUAUUGGCAUCCAGAUGAAACCAAACUAGCAUCUGGAUUACACCGAAUCCUAAAUGGCCUGCCAAAAUUAGCACUUGUUUGACAUUGAUUUAGCAUCUGGAUGACAGUAAACUUAAAUGGAACUUGAUUUUUGCCUUCAGGAACAGGGGAGUGCUUCUCAACAGAGCACCUGUGUCUAAUAGUGAAACUCAGUCUGCCAAUAACAAAACCAGUUUUUUCCAUAUCUAGCUGUACAUUGUGUCCUGACCACGACAAUAUUUACAUCACUGACCUUCAUAUUUCAUUGCUGCAACUCAUCCUCAGGAACAAAGCUCUGUGUUAUAAAAACUCAUGCAGUUGUAAAACACUGCAGUCCUAUGUAUUUAGCAACAGGUCACGGUGAUAACUUUGCCCUGGAGUUCAGCUGGCUGUGCACAGACAGAAUGCAGAGUUUGAUUUCAAAGUCUGUCCUGAUAAUCAAAGCUGCCUGUGAAACAGGAUUUAAGCACGUGAAUGUCAUGAUAUCCAAGUUCUACUACAGCUGUAAAAUCCUUGGCAAAUGAAGGAGUGGCCCAAGGCAGGCAUAACAGAACUUUUGCAGACACGGGACUUAAACUUUGUAAUAUGCUCCCACAGGGUAAGGAACAAGACUUAUAAAUAAACUCUCUUUAGAUCUGCCUCUUCCCAAGAUCGUUCCAUAUAUACACAAGCAUACACACAAACACACACACUCAUGUGCACACACACUCAAACACAAAGCUACAUCUCCUAAAAGCUGAGAAGGAAGAGAUGUUUAACUAUUUUUAAAAGAUUGGAUACUGUGCUAAUAGAGAACAAAUUUUUGCUCUAGACAUCCUAAUAAUUUAUUCUCUUUAGUCUCACUGCACUAAAAUUCAUUGUUUCUCAAAGCUGAAGGUGUGCUAUUAUGUAAUAUAUUAACUUGGUUUAAAAAAUGUAAAUUUGUCACUUUGUGACAGCUGGAGCAAUUUCUAUGCCUGAAAAAUAAACAAUUUUCUUACUGCUUUAA